GGUGAGGGAGCCAGUGGUGGGGCAGGGAGUAGGGGAAACCCAGGAUGGGGAAGGCUGGCGGGGGGAGCAUGGAGCUGGGGCCCAGAGCUGCCAGGCAGGAAGUCAGGGGGGAGUGAGCAAGCCAGCUCUGGGAAGUUUGCAAAGCUGUCAGAGUGUGUGGAGAGAGCGACUGUGCAAAGCCCUCUCCGCCUGCCUGGCGACGGGCGAAGACUUCAGGGAAAAGGAAAAGAGGGUUCUUGCUCCUGGCAGCAUCUCUGGCUCUGUGGGGUGGCAUGAAGGUCCACACCAUGCACGGCUGACGACGGACCUCAGGGACCAGACGCUGAGAACUAGGGAUGGCCAUUCCUGUGGCCCCAGUGUGGCUCUGUAUCUGGUGGGGCCUGCUGGCUAGGCAGGCCUGGGGCAUGAAUUACCCUCCCAGGUAUAGCCUAUACACUGGGACCGGUCUGUCGUAUACGCAACUCCAAGGCACAUCUCAAGCACCCAACGGGGCGCGGGUGGCCAGCCGCCACAGGAACUGGUGUGCCUAUGUGGUGACGCGUACCGUGAGCUGCGUGGUGGAGGAUGGUGUUGACACCUACGUGAAGCCGGACUACCAGCCAUGUGUCUGGGGGCAACUCCAGUGUCCCCGUGCUGUCACGUACCGGAGUUUCAUGCGCCCCCGCUACAAGGUGGCCUACAAAACAGUGUCCGACAUGGAGUGGCGUUGCUGCCCUGGUUACACAGGGGAUGACUGUGCCGAAGGGGGGACACCGCUCACCACCACCCGGCCACGACCACAGCCCGGCCGACCCAACUUGUCUGGCUUCAGCAACACACUCAGCGGCCUGGGUGGAGAAGGGCAAAGGAACUCAGAGAAGGUGCAGCAGCUGGAAGAGAAAGUGCAGAGCCUCACCAAGCAACUGCAUGACCUGCAGUCCACCAUACAGGACAGCAACACUAAGCUCGCGGAAGACAUACGCAAGGCAGUAGAGUCCUCUUUGAAUGGCAAGCAGCCCGCAGAUGCAGCCGCGCACCCGGAGAUGAAAGAGACCCUCAAUGAGAUCCAGCGUCAUCUGCAACGCCUUGACAACCGCAUCUCCAGCCAUGAGAAUGGUCAGAGCCCUGGAGGCGGUGGAGCAGACGUCCGUGGGGAGGUCCUAAGGGAAGUCGAACAGCGCUUGCAGGAAUCAUGCGUGUCCUGCCUUACGGGUGUCGAAGGACUGCGGCGACAGCAGGAGGAAGACCGGGAGCGCAUGAGAGCCCUGGAGAAGCUGGUCACCUCCAUGGACCAGCGAAAUCGUGAAGCCAUGAACGCCAUCCAGCAGCACGUGAGCAACCUUGCUCGGCAGCUGCCCAAGGACUGCUGCCACCAGCUGGAAGACCGGUUGAAUGGGCUGGAGCACCGCCUGGAUGGCCUCUCGGACUCUGUUGCUGUGUUGAAUGAGCACGGAGGCGGCCAGAGGCCAUCGUCCCUUCCUCCUCCCUGGAGCGUGGACAGGCGCAUGUCUGAGAUGGAGAGUCGCGUCAACACCACGCAGCGCAGCCUGGAGGAGCAUUUUAUGGAUCUGCAGGUCAUGUUGGAAGGAGCCGAUGAGCGGGUCCGCAGGGCCGAGGGGCAGCUGGAUUUUGUCUUCUCCCGCCUCAACGACUUCCAGAACCAGGUCAACCGGGCCCUGGCCAACCUGUCACGGGACAUGGGGGGACUCAAGGACAGUAUCCUGCAGCAACAAGGGGCUCUGGAUCGAGUGCGUGGGGCGGUGCACACCUGCACUCAGAUCUGCACCCCAGCCGGUACCCAGGACUCCCAAAUUAGCAGCAUCUUGAGUGACCUGGGACGCCGAGUGCUGGACAAUGAGGCACAGCUGCGGUUACUGGGCUCUUCCAUCCACCAGCUGGAUGUUUCUGGCAAGCUGCAGAACUUGCGGGGCCUGGUGGGAGCCAACACAGAAGCCCUUGGCAAGUUGGCUGGGGAAAUUGGGGAGCUAGAGAACAGGCUGGUGAUCUCCAUGAGCGCCGGGCCGCCAGACCUGGUGCUCUAUUCCAACCGGACUAACAAACGCCUGGAGAAGCUGGAGAAAGAGAUCAAGGGAUUGGAAGGCGACCACUGCAGCCAGACUUGCUCUGAGCUGAAAGGGGAGAUGGGGCUGCUCAGGGAGCAAGUGGAGGCCUGUCAGGCAGCCUGCCAGCCUAUGGGGAGGAGGCCAGACCUGGACAAAGAGGAGAUGGAUACCACUAAGCCCCUGGAUGGCUUCAGUGUGAUUGGCGGCAGCUCCAGCAUCCAUCUCAAAUCCUUACAGGGUGAGCUGUCUGAGGUGAUCCUGGGGUUCAGUGCCCUGAAUGAGACGCUGGCAGGGCUGCAGGCCACAGUGGAGAAGCACCAGACAGACAUCCACGAGCUGGGGACCACCAAAGACCACAUCAUCGAAGAGAUCAACCGUGUGCAGCAGGAGGUGACAGAGCACGUCAGCGAAAGUGAAGAGCGUUUCCAGGUGCUGGGCCGCGAGAUCCACCAGUUUGGUGGCACUCUGCAAGUGGAGGCGUCAGACUGCCGGCGAGCUUCUGGGGGUCUGGCGGAGCGGCUGACAAAACUCGAGGGCACCUGCGAACGGCUGGACGACGUGUCCGGCAGCCUGCGUAAGAUCAAGGAGGGGCUUGACAAGCACAUGUCAGCUUUGUGGAGCUGCCUCCAUGAAGUGAACGGGACCCUACGCAACCAUGGGGCCCUGCUGGAUAAGAUACAUGGCAGCCACCUGGGCACCAUCCAUCGCCGCCUCAGCACCCUGAAUGGAUCCCUCCAGACCCUGCAGGGUCAACUGCAUGGCCUCACGCUUCAGGACUUGACAGGACCUCCAGGACUCCCAGGACGAGACGGUCCCAUAGGCAGACCAGGUCUCCCAGGUCCAGUUGGGUCUCCUGGCAAGGAUGGAAAGACUGGCCCCGUGGGUCCCCCAGGUCUCCCUGGAGAGCAAGGGCUGCCAGGUCCAGCCGGAAGGAUACCCCAAGUCUCCUUUGCUGCAGCGUUAACCUCCCGGCACGUGGAGGCUGGAACCAUCCCCUUUGACAGAGUGCUGGUGAACGACGGCAACUUUUAUGACCCUGGCUCAGGGAUCUUCACGGCUCCUGUUUCUGGUCGCUAUCUGGUCAGUGCCAUCCUGACGGGGCACAGAGGUGAGAAGAUCGAGGCGGUGCUGUCCCGCUCCAAUCAGGUGAUUGCCCGCAGCGACUCAGCCGGAUACCAGCCUGAAGGCCUAGAGAACAAGCCGGUGGCCGAAAGCCAGCCAAGCACGGGUGCCCUGGCAGUCUUCACCCUCGUUGUCCCCAUGGAAGCUGGCGAGACCCUCUGUGUGGAUCUGGUUUCUGGCCAGCUGGCCCGCUCUCCAGAUGAACCGCUUACUGUCUUCAGCGGAGCCUUGCUCUAUGAGGAGGCAGAGGGGAUCUAGGCAGAAGAGGCCCUCAGCUCAGCCUAGAAAGGGACCAAAGAGGAACCUCUUGGUUUGCUGACCCGAAUGACCUCCUUUCUUCUGGCUUGUAAGCUGCAGGCCCGUGGGAGCUUCCAGCAGCCCAAUGUUCAGGCCUACAGCUGGGGAGCAGAAGCCCCAAGAAAAAGGGAAGGCGUCACUGCACUGCCGGAUUCUCCUGCCCUUCUAGGGCCUCUCAUUGGAACUGCCACGUAUCUCCCCCUUCCCACCCACAUAGCAUAAAAACAUGCAGAGACUCUGCCAUUCCCAAUACUCUGCCAGUGCAGCUGUGUGAAGUGAGGAGAGCAAGAGCACCAAAACCAGCAUCCUUCUCUCUCAGCUACUUCAGCCCUUCUGCUCCAGAGGUAAGGGAGGAGAGGCAGAAGUGCAGCCAUCCAACCCAUCCUGGGGUUGGGUGUGAGGAGGGAAAGGCCCUUUCUGUUAUUUAUCAGUGUCUGUCAUACCCGGAGAAGCCAUGCACACUCCCUCCCUCGGGCCGCCGCCUCACUGCAGCACCAGCCAAUCCGCUUCCUGCGCUGCUCACGCCUCACAGCUUGGGCUGCCUCAUCUAGCCACUGCAGAGCAGCUGUGGCUCUGCCUGCCACCAAGGGGCCAAAACCUGGCUUUCCUCCCUACCACCAAUUACACAGGACCAUUUUAGAGGAAAAGGAGGACAUGCCCUGCAUGGCACUGUUGAUAGAAAGAAGCAGUGAAGUAACGGUUUCUUGAGGAAGAGAACGGUGACCCCUUUUUACAACCCUUGUGCCUACCCUGUGUAAUGGCUGGACUCAGCUCCAAUUAUAAUUAUUGAAUAAAGAAACACGACUUUUUUUAAAA